CUUAUUGGUCUGAGGCUACUGUUGUAAGAUGGCGCCCAGCGAAAUAUGAGUGGUGAAGAAAAGGGGAAAAUACGGCAAGCCAUCUAACGAAAAUCACAAGAAAUAAAGAGCAAGCGAGGCGCAGAGAGACGACGGUGGUGACUUUGCGUCCCUGCCCGCUGGAAGAGGAUUGCCCUUACGCCGGUAGAGAAGCGCUUGUGGGCGGCUGAAGCCUCGGCCCGGUUGAGGAAGAGAUUCCCCUGUAGAGAGAGUGCUACCAGCAGUAAUGAAUAACACUUUGGAUGGCACAGGCUCCUAUGAGGAGCUGGUGAGGCAGAAAGCUCGCAGCAUCCCUCAGCAUCGCAUGAAGGAGUUCUUGGAGUCUUUGGCCAGCAAGGGACCAGAUGCCCUGCAGGAGUUCAGCCAGCAAGGUGGAGAUGCUACGACCACCACCACCACCAUGGUCUACCAACAAGAGACUAACUGCAUCUAUACCGACAGCACAGAGGUUGCAGGGUCACUGUUGGAACUGGCCUGCCCGGUUCAGGUGCAGGUUCAGCAGCAGCCCCAACAGAUACAGGAGUCGACAGCUCAGCAGCAGCCUGUACAACAGAAUUCUGAGCAACAGAUUGUGCAGGUGCAGAUCCAGGGUCAGCAGCAAGGUCAGAUGCUGGGUCAGGUACUGCAGGUGCCCUCUGGCUCCCAUCAACAACUACAGGGUGUCACUACUGCUCAGCUGAUUCAACCUGGGGAUCUUACGGAGGAGCAGCACCAGCAGCUGCAAGCUCAGCUGGUGGCAGCUGUGGCAGGAGGACAGCAGAUCCAAAUCCAGACGGUGGGGGCACUUUCUCCCACCCAGCAGCAGGACAGUUCUGAGAGGAGGGUGCUGGGAACUACUGUUGCCACUUCCCAGGGAGCAGGGGUCCUCCAGCCAGCCAAGAAGCGUAAGGUGGACAUGCCCAUCACAGUGUCCUAUGCCCUGCCUGGUCAGCAAGUAGCCACGGUCCUAGCCAUCCCACAGGGACAGGGUCAACAGCAGAGCUAUGUGUCCCUGCGACCAGACCUCCUUACUGUGGACAGCUCCCACCUUUACAGUGCCACAGGCACUAUCACCAGUCCCACAGGGGAGACCUGGACCAUCCCUGUCUACUCUGCUCCUGCCGGCUCAGCAGGUCGUGAACAGGUCACACAUAUUACCAUUCCCCCGGAGGCCUAUGGAACAGUGCAGGUUGCAGGAGCAAACACUACAACGAUGACCACAAUGCCAACACAAGUUGCUGUUGAAAAUGAUAAGCUGAAAAUGUCUGCCAGUCAAAGUCAGACAGCGCAGGCCGUCUCCAGCAUAACGAGUUCUGGAGGGAUGGGGGGCCAGGAAGAGGUGGUACACACACUGGCUGCUAACACGUUGUUCCCUGCCCAGCUGAUGAACGGGAAUAUCCACAUCCCCGUGGCGGUGCAGGGUUACCCCAACGCUACACAGUCCCUUAUCUGGGACCCACAGCAGCAGGUGCUGCACACACAGGGGCUGCCAGGCCAGGACGCUCAGCAGCUACAGGGUCAGACAGUGGCAGUAGCAGAGGUGGAUGGCCAAGGCCAACAGCAGGUACAGGUACAGGAACUGUUGUUGCCUACGUCUCUGAAGCCAGAGGAGGGGCUGGAGGUGUGGAGGCUUUGGGCUCAAAGAAAAAAUGCAGAGCUUGACAAAGAAGAGAAGAAUAAACUAGCUCCAAUUGGCCGUCGCCAGGCAUUGCGUUUCCAGGAGGACUUGGUGUCGUGUGCAGUAGCGGAGCUCAGCAUGGCUCUCUCUCUGAUGACCCAGGAGGCCCGGGGGCUGGAAGGGGAGACUUAUGAGGCUGAUGUUCUCUACUAUGUCUUUCUCUGCAUACAAAAGUACCUGUUUGAUAAUGGUCGCGUGGAUGAUGUCUUCUCAGAUCCGUACUACACUCGCUUCUCUCAGAGUCUGCAUCAGAUUCUUGAGCCAUGGAGACCGUCUGUCCAUCCACUAGGUUAUGUCAUUCCCAGUCACGUGACAGAGGAGAUGCUGUGGGAAUGUAAACAGCUGGGAGCCCAUUCCCCUGCGACACUGCUCACAACGCUCAUGUUCUUCAACACUAAGUAUUUCCACCUGAAGACAGUGGACCAGCAUCUGAAAGUGGCCUUUUCAAAGGUGCUGAGACACACCAGGAAGAGUCCCAACAACCCCAAAGACAAGAGCACCAGCAUUCGAUACCUGAAGUCUACAGAAAGAUUUAUCGGGCAGAAAGUGACAGACGACAUGUACUCGGAGCAACUGGAGGACCCAGAGAACCCUCUGCGCUGUCCCAUCAAGCUCUAUGAUUUCUACCUCUUCAAAUGUCCACAGAGCGCUAAAGGCCGCAAUGAUACCUUCUAUCUGACUCCUGAGCCUGUGGUGGCUCCGAACAGCCCCAUUUGGUACUCUACUCAGCCAAUCCCGAAAGAACAGCUGGAGCACAUGCUUGCCCGCAUCCUUGUUGUCCGGGAAAUCCAGGAAGCCAUUAACAUGUCGGUGAACUUGCACUAGUUGGGCUGAGGGAGAACAAUAAAUGGACUAGGCUCAUCUUUCCCUCCUCUUUGUUCACUCAGUCUUUGAUUGCUUAAUAUCAAUAGUUUUCUAUUCUUUCACAUCCUUUUGUCCUCUUUAAGGGUGGCAUGUAUAUGUUUGUAUUCAUCGUGUCUGCAUAUCUUGAACUCACUGAUUGUACAUACACAUACAGCAGAUAAUAGAUUUUGCCUCACAGAGGCAUUAUCUGUCAAUCGCACCACACAUUUUUGUUUCCCUUCUGUUUCUCUUUUUUUGCCAAAGGAUGUAGUGUCUAAUCUUUUUUUAUUGGACCUGAACUCUAAUUUAAAUGUUCUUUUAGCUGUUGGUUCUCUUACCAAUAGUCUGGAAUAAUUGUACAUUUUCUUUGCUAUUUUUGUUUUAAUCUGUAAUAUAUUUCAUACAUACUUUCACUGGGGUUGGCCUGCUCUAUGCUGCUUUUCAUACAUAAUAGAUAUAUACAGUAUAUCCCUAUUUCUUGCUGUACUUUCCCUCAUCUCUGCCUUCCUCAUUGUUACAUCUCAGUGAAUACCUCAGUGGUAUUGAGACUGCGUCAAGUAGCCGAACAGGGGCUCCUGAAAUAUUCACUUUGAAGUUGUGAAUUUUCCUUCUUUCUUCGUUUCUCUCUUGUCAGUGAUGAGCUGCGUUGACAUGCGAACACAUUGAUCUCUGGAGAUGACUUGCUUAUUAGUGAAUGGUGCUUGGGCUGUAGUGCCCCCAGACUAGCUCAGAUCAGCAGUGUUGAAUGACUUUCAGGACCUUAAUUCUGUUAUGGACUCUGUUGCCAUAGUGUGGUCUCGUGCAGCCGCCACACAGGACACCUGGCAGAGGGAGCGUGAAGUAGGCCGACUACUGCUGGAUUCUCCUCCCUCUUCAGUACAUCACCAACCCCAGGACUCGCCCGUAGAGGGAUCCAUUGUAUCAUAAAUGUUUAUUUACAUGACAAAUGAAAGACUCUUUAAAAGUGGGUUAGCCCUUAUUGUUCUAUAAUGUAUAAUACUCAUAGCUCCUUCAUGUACUGUAAUGGGUUUCAGUCAUCUAAGGAGAAUGGCAGUGCCUGUGUGUUUUUGAAACAUGACCUUUUUGUACAGCCACUA